AUGAAAAUCUUAGCCUGGAACUGUCUGGGAUUGGGGAAUUCUCGAUCAGUUCAAGCGUUGAAUCACUUAGUUCAGCGUUAUAAUCCCCAUAUUAUAUUCCUUAUAGAAACUAGAUUGAGUAUUAGGAAAAUGGAAGUGGCUGCUCGUAAGGCAGGUUUUGUUGGUUGUAUUGCUACUAGUGGAGUGGAUGGGAGUACUGGUUUAGCUCUUUUAUGGAGGGAGGGUUUUUCAGUGCAGCUCAAGAGCUUCUCAAACUCCCAUAUAGAUGGUCUUACUCACUGUGUGGGAGAGACUGUUUCAUGGCGUUUGACGGGUUUCUAUGGCAGUCCGAUUUAUCAAAAGAGGAUUAAUUCCUGGAAUUUGCUUCGUCGGCUUAGAGAUUGCUCUUCGCUGCCUUGGCUGGUCCUGGGAGACUUUAAUGAGAUUUUAGACAGCUCUGAGAAAUCUGGUGGGCGUGUGAGAUGCAGGAGAGCGAUGAUGGAGUUCCAAUCUGGCCUUGAGGACUGUCAAUUACUGGAUUUGGGUUAUCAAGGGGGGAAAUUCACUUGGUGUAAUAACCGUCAGGAUGGGGUGAUCUAUGAGAGAAUAGAUAGAGCGGUUGCUAGUGCUGCUUGGAGUAAUUUAUUUCCUAAGGCAAAAGUUUCUCAUAUUGUGUGUUCGGUCUCUGAUCAUAAGCCUAUUCUAAUGGAUUCUGACCCGUGUCCUGGUGGUGGUUUUUUUGUGCGGCGUUUUCGGUUUGAAGAAAUGUGGACUCGCCAUGAAGGGCUUGAUGAGGUGGUAAAGGAAGGAUGGGUUUGUGGGAGGGGCUCAGUUUUGGACAAAAUCCAUUCGGUGGCAAAAAACCUCCAGUGUUGGGAUAGGUUUGUCUUCGGGAGCAUCAGGAAACUCCUUCUUGAGAAGCAUAAAAGAUUGGAGUGGCUGCAUCAGUGUCCACAAGAUGCAGAUAGUUUAACAGAGAUUAACAGGGGGGAUAGAAGUACAAAAUUUUUCCAUAAAAAAGCUAGUCAGAGAAAUAAAAAUAAUCAGUUAUUGGGGAUUGAGGAUGACUUGGGUCGUUGGGUGGAGGGGGAAGAGGAGUUGGCUUCAGUCAUUUUGGGUUUUUAUGAAAAAUUAUUUCAUUCAGAUAACCCUCCCUUAGCAGUGGAUGAGAUGCUCGACAUUAGCAAGGUGGUCGAUGGAAGUAUGAAUGAAGUUUUGGAUCUUGUUAAGGGUGAUGUGAUCAGAUUAGUUCAAGAUUUUUUUCAAAGUGGGAGGAUGGUGGAAGGGGUAAAUGAUACGCAUAUUUGUCUCAUCCCCAAAGUUCUCAAUCCAAAGCGGGUGGUUAAUUUUCGUCCCAUUAGUCUCUGCAAUGUAGUCUAUAAGGUGAUUUCAAAGUUGAUUGCAAAUCGACUGAAGCUUUUGAUGCCUAGCUAUGUCUCGGAUUCUCAAAGUGCCUUUGUCAAAGGUCGGUUAAUAACAGACAACAUUUUGGUGGCUUUUGAAGUGAUGCAUUAUUUGAAGUCCAAGGGCAGCGGCGGGGAUUCCUUCUAG